CUGUUGUUGUCGUUGUUUUCACUGCUUCAUUUCUUCUGUCAGAAUAAAUCAAGCUGUUGUUGUUCCUGUCUGCUAUAUAUACAUGAAAACACCCCCAUACACCACCUAAACUACAACAACAAACAAACAAAAUUCAAUUUGUCAUCAUCAUCGUAUCGUAUUUUGUUGACAAGGAGAGAGAGAGAAAAAUAUCUUCAGUUAACACCAACGAUUUAUAUUGUCAUCAUAUUUCUUCAUUUGUUAUUUGCGAAAGCUGAAUUUUGCUGAUCAAUUUUCAGUUUUUUUCGCUUUUCGCCUACAAUACACACACACAAGAACGAUAAUCUCUUCCUAUAUUCACCUGGAUCAAAUUUUUUUCGGAAUUAAGAUCACUUUCGGCUAUUAAAUAACGACCAAAAACAAAAAUAUUCGAUCUCCAUUUUCAUCUUAUCAAUCAUUCGAUUUUUCUUUUUGUGGACAGUGAUGCGUAUUCGUCGCGAGGAGGCACAUCGAGCGUUGGAGCUCCUCGAAGAUUAUCAUCGUCGUUUACAACAACAACAACAACAACAAUAUCAACAACAACAACAAAAUUCAUCAACAACAACAACAAUCAAACAACAAGAAGAACUACGUCAAGCAAUCGAACGUAUUAUAAAAAUAUUUCGUUCAAAAUUAUUUCAAGCAUUAUUAGAUAUACAAGAAUUUUAUGAAGUAACAUUAAAAGACGAUCAAAAAACAAUUGAAACAAAAACAAGAGAAACAUUAAGAGAUUGGCAAUAUAAAGAACAACAACAACAAAGAUCAACGGCUAUCAACAAUACAACAACAUUAUCAUCAUCAUCAUCAACAACAUAUGAUACAACAAAUUCUGAUUUAACAUCAAAUUCAUAUACAUUAUCAACAAAUCACCAUCAUUAUCCAGCAAAUAUAUCAACAAACGGUGGUUAUAAUAAUCAUUCGAAUCAUAAUCAUCCAAAUCAACAACAACAACAGUAUUUAAAUAAUGAUAAACAACAAAAUAAUGAUAUAAAUAAUCAACCAAUAUUAGCAUCUGAUGUACAAGAUUUAUUAUCUGGUCGUUUAAAUGAAAUACUUGGUGCUGUAUUAAAACAUCAACAACAAAAAGAACAAGAUCAACAACAACAACAAUCGCAACAACAACAACAGAAUCGACAAAAAGAACAAUCAAAACCUUUAUCAACAUUGAAUCCAUUGGAAAGAAUCGAUAAACUAACAUCAUCAUCAUCAUUAGCAAGACCAGUUGUAGUUUCUACAACAACAACAAACAAUACAAAUCAAUCGAUAAAAAAUCAUUCCCAAUUAGAUAAUUCAAAUUUAGAAUCAUAUCAACAACAACAACAAUCUUGUAUUUUACCCACCAAUAAUAAUAAUAAUAAUAAUCAAAAACAUUCAUUCAUUACAAACGGAAUAAAUAAUAAUCAUCGUGAAAUUGUACAAAUUGAACAGGUACAUCUUGAAGACGACGACGAAGAAGAAGACCAAGAUCAAGAAGAAUUGGAUCAAAAGCAACAACAACAAAUUGAAAAUAAUAUUGAAAAUUUAAUAAUGAAUACAGGAGGAGGAAUAAGUGGGAAUCAAAAUCAAUGGGAAUAUGAAGAGAUUACAUUAGAACGUGGUAAUCAAGGUCUUGGUUUUUCAAUUGCCGGUGGUAUUGAUAAUCCACAUAUUGCUGAUGAUUGUUCAAUUUAUAUAACAAAAUUAAUACCAGGUGGUUCAGCAGCUGCUGAUGGUCGAUUACAGAUUGAAGAUAUUAUUUUGAAGGUAAACGAAACAUCAUUGAUUGAUGUAGCACAUCAAAUAGCUGUAAAUGCAUUACAACGUGCUGGUAAUCGUGUACAAUUAUUGGUUAAACGUCGUAAACUAACACCACAAACACCAACAAUACCAUCAAUUAUUCAAACACAAUUUCAACAGUCACAACAACAGCAACAACAACAACAAUCAAUGAUACCACCAUCAGCAUCUGCACCGGCUAAUAUACAAAAUCAAUCAAACACAACAUCAUUAUCAUCGGUUAAUCAAUUAAAUAUGUCGGAUUUAGUACGUAUUGAAUUAUUUAAAGCAACAUCAAAAGGAUUAGGUUUUUCAAUUGCCGGUGGUGUUGGUAAUGAACAUAUACCGGGAGAUAAUAAUAUUUAUGUAACAAAAAUUAUGGAUAAAGGUGCUGCUGCAUUAGAUGGCCGUUUAGAAUGUGGUGAUCGUUUAGUUGCUGUAAAUGAUAAUUAUUUAGAAAAUGUUACACAUGAAGAUGCUGUAGCUGUAUUGAAAUCAACUUCUGAUCAUGUGAUAUUAACCGUACGUAAACCUCAACAACAACAACAUUUAUCAACUUAUUCAAUGAAUCAAAUGGACAAUAAUUUAAUGUCAACAACAACAAAUAAUUUGACACAACCAUCACAAACAUCAUUAACAUCAACAAAUAUUAACAAUCAUCAUCAUCAUACAUUUAAUAAUAAUAAUAAUAAUCAACGUACUAUAAUGCCGACAAGAAAUUCAAUUCAUUCAUUAUCAUCAACAACAGCAAAUACCGGACAAAUUAAUCCAGUGCAAUCAUUUAGAAGUGAAGAUAAUCUUUAUAAUAAUAAUAAUAAUCAUCAACAACGACGUACACGAACAGCAAGUGGUUCAACAAAUUUAGCCAAUACAAAUAUUCUUGCAGAAGAUUUGGAUGAAUUAGAUCGAACAGAUGUUGAUCGUGAACCACGUCGUUUAAUUCUUUCGAAAGGUCAAUCAACUGGACUUGGUUUUAAUAUUGUAGGCGGUGAAGAUGGUCAAGGAAUAUUUGUUUCAUUUAUAUUGGCUGGUGGACCGGCUGAUUUAAGUGGACAAUUAUAUCGUGGUGAUCAAAUAUUAGCUGUUAAUGGUAUUGAUUUAAGACGUGCUACACAUGAAGAAGCUGCUGCAACAUUAAAAGGUGCCGGUCAAACAGUUAAUCUUUUGGUUGCUUAUCGACCAGAAGAAUAUCGACGAUUUGAAGCUAGAAUUCAAGAUCUUAGAGAACAACAUUUACAAGCAACAAGUUCAUUACCAUUAUCAGGUGUUUCAACUGGUACAUUACGUACAUCACAGAAACGUACACUUUAUGUAAGAGCUUUAUUCGAUUAUGAACCAAUACGUGAUUCUGGUCUACCAUCACGUGGCCUUCCAUUCAGAUUUGGUGAUAUAUUGCAUGUAACAAAUGCAUCGGAUGAUGAAUGGUGGCAAGCUCGGCGUGUAUUACUUGAUGGUACUGAUGAUAUACUGCUUGGUAUUAUACCAUCAAAACGUCGUGUUGAAAGACGUGAACGUGCACGAUUAAAAUCGGUUAAAUUUCAUGGUUCAGAUCAUUAUUCGGAUGGUCGAUCAUCAUCAACAACAUUGGAUCGAAAGAAAAAGAAUUUUUCAUUUUCAAGAAAAUUUCCAUUUAUGAAAUCAAGAGAAUCAUCAACUGAAGAUAUUUCUGGUAGUUAUGAUCAUCUUAGUGAACAAGGUGGUGAUGAACAUUCAUCAAUCAAAAAUUAUAAUCAUAAUAAUAAUGAUCGUAAUUCAAUAUCUGGUUCAAAUUCAGCAUUAGAAGAUAUACGUGAAGAUCGUCAACAACAACAACAACAACAAUCUGAUAAUGGUAAUGGUGGUAAUAUAUUAAGCUAUGAAGCUGUUAUACAAACUGAAAUUGAUUAUAUGCGUCCGGUUAUUAUACUUGGACCAUUAAAAGAACGUAUAAAUGAUGAUCUAAUAUCGGAAUAUCCGGAUCGUUUUGGUUCUUGUGUACCACAUACAACAAGAUUACCAAAAGAAGGUGAAAUACAUGGACGUGAUUAUUAUUUUGUUUCGACACGUGAAGAAAUGGAACAUGAUAUUGAAUCACAUUUAUUUAUUGAAGCUGGACAAUAUCGUGAUAAUCUUUAUGGUACAAAAAUAUCAGCCGUAAAAGAAUUAGCAUAUGAUCAACAAAAACAUUGUAUACUUGAUGUUAGUGCAGCAGCAAUAAAACGUUUACAAACUGCAAAUUUAAUGCCAAUUACAAUUUUAAUACGACCACGUUCAAUUGAAUUACUUAAAGAAUGGGAUAAACGUAUAACGGAUGAAGAAGCCCGAAGACAAUUUGAACGUACCAUUCGUACUGAACAAGAAUAUGGUCAAUAUUUUUUGGCAAUCAUUUCAUGUGAUACACCGGAAGAAAUUUAUGCAAAAAUUAAAUUAAUUAUACAUGAUAAUUCUGGUCCAUAUAUUUGGAUACCGGCAAAAAAUCAGAAAAUUUAAUUUAAAUUUUUCAGAAAAAAAGCAAGCCAGAAAGAAAAAUUGAUUAACUUUUCUCUCUUUACAUAAUCAUCAUCAUCAUCAUGCAUUAUAUAAUCACUGUCAAAAAAAAAAGUUACUUGCGUUUUU